AUAGCUUCAACUGAUUGAUUACACAUUGUCAAAUGGCCAGCGCUCAUUUCCUUUUCCUUGCACUUGUAGCACUUUCUUUCACGGUUGUGUCCCUGGCAGCCGAUCAUGGCCCUCUUCAAGAUUUUUGUGUUGCUGAUUCCACUAGCCAAGUGAUGGUGAAUGGUUUGACUUGCAAAGAUCCCAAGCUUGUUCAGGCCAACGAUUUCUUCUUCAGUGGAUUACACUUGACAGGCAACACAUCCAACCCUGUCGGGUCUAAGGUGACUCCCGUGAGCGUGGCCCAAAUCCCAGGAUUAAACACUCUUGGCAUCUCACUGGCUCGUAUUGACUAUGCACCAUGGGGAAUUAACCCACCCCACACCCAUCCUCGUGCCUCGGAGAUCCUGACAGUCCUUGAAGGUCGCCUCGAAGUGGGUUUUGUAACAUCAAACCCCCAAAACAAACUUACAACUUCGAUCUUGAACAAGGGUGAUGUGUUUGUUUUCCCUGUCGGACUUGUCCAUUUCCAGAGAAACGUGGGACACAGCAAUGCCAUUGCAAUUGCUGCUCUUAGUAGCCAGAAUCCUGGUGUCAUUACAAUUGCCAACUCUUUGUUUGGAUCUACACCUGAUAUUAGCAGCGACAUUCUUGCCAAGGCUUUUCAGUUGGAGAAAAAUGCUGUAAUCAAUCUUCAAUCAAAGUUCUAG